UUACAUUUCGGAUCCUGUACUUUUUCACUUUUACUUGAGUAAAAAGGUUGCUUCACUACUUUAACUUUUAUUGGAGUAUUUUUUAACACAGGUAUCUGUAUGUCGUUAGAGAGUCUCGUUGGUUAUGUGCAGGAUAAUCUGCGGACGGAAAGAAAACACACAGUCAGCUGAUUUCCGUUUGGAGGAGGCGGAGGGAGUAAAAACGUGGAGCUGUUCGCAGAUGUUGAGGAGAGGAGACGCGGACAGUACUUUUGGUUUUACUGCAUGAAAGGAGCAGAGCGUAGCUUUAUCAAAGAGGAAAAUCUUCAGCCUAAUCAUCAACUCCUGUCUCCUGGAUCCAGCUGCGACAAAGCUUUCAGGCUCCUAUAACCAGCUGAUGACACUGCCUGACAUAUACUGAGCUGUCAGAGCUGCUCUCCACAUCAGCAGAGAGUGACACUGACAGUCUGGACGGUGUGUUUGAUCGACCUCAUCGGAUCAUGCAGAGACAAGGAAGCAUCAAAGAACAAAAACAUUAUAAAGCGAGGCAUUUAAAGCUGAAUGAUUUGAAACAGGAAGCUCAAGAUACUCAUUUGUACAAGAAGUACCUCUGCAAAGACGACAUCCCUCCGUACCCCGGACCUGGAGAGGUUUCACUUGAGUUUCAUGUGUCUCGGCUGAAGCACGACACAUACAAAUUAGAAGAGAUCAAGAAUGACGGAGGCUUCAAGGAUCCAAACAGCGGCUCAAAGGAUCCAGACAGACUGUCUCUGGUGUGGUGGAGUCUGGCUGUGGCACCAGAGGAGAUCCAGUCAGCUGAGAGGAGGCUCCUGGAGGAGGCCUUCCCAAACUGGACCGAGGAGCAGGCCCGGCGGAAGCAGGGCUUCCUGGUGGACUUUGCCUCGUCUCCAGCCUUCAGUGAGAAGUCCAGGUAUGGAUCGUACCGCUUCACCUUCACUGUGGAGGAGGUGCUGGAGGCCUACAGCAAGCAGUUUUGCUCCGGCCGCCCGCCCGUCAUGCGUGUUCUCAGGACUUCCCUGUACAGACAGGAAGUGAUGUAUGCUGUGCUGGUCCACAGCUCAGACAGUGAUUGGCUCUUCGCUGAGUAUCCCAUCCUGCCCGACGCUCCGAACACUGUCUGUGCUUAUAGGGACGGACGCUUCACCUGGAGGCCCGAGGCCAUGUGCGAGACACACAAAUAUGUGCUUUUACAAAGACGUGACAAAAACCUGAUGGAAGCUUGGGGACUGAUUCAGGAUCCACAGUAUUAUGUUUGGGACCACGUCGCCAUCGCCCUGCAUGUGGAGGGUGGGCAGGUGCUGAAGUUUGAUUCUGAUGAUCUGAGGAAGAACCUCACGUUCUGUGAGCCUGACGCUGUGACAGUCACACCUGAAUCUGACUUUCAACAUUACGAGGAUGCUCAAAACCUGGUCGCUCGUUUGUGGCCACUGAAGAAGGAAGUUUCACUCCAGCAGAGAAUCAGAGGCUGUCUUUGAGGUUUCUCCACCUUUAUUCUCCUUUUCCUGAGCGACUGCAGCAUCACCGGCUGCACAGUGAACCAUGGUGGAGGUUACACAGAAGGAAGCAGCCGAGUGGAACGAACACAGAAAAACUGUUUGACGUGACUUUUUUAUUCGAUUAGUUUAUUAAAGGUUUAUUACAUGAAUUUCCAAAGUGCGCAGCAAAAGACCAAAGACAGAUAAAACACACAUGAUGAGUAUAAACAUGUGAUUAUGUGUUUCACUGCACUCUGUCCUGUCUGUGUGUGAUGUGUUCAUGUGACUGAAUCAAAGACUAAUUACUUUGUACACACAAAAAGUGGACAAUAAAGUUGUUUUGAAUAUUU